AUGUCCACGCUAGAAUCACAACUGAAAUCCACAGAUGGAUCCGUGCUGGUGAAAACAAGUACAGGAAAGAUUAAAGUACGCAAAGGUCAGACGGAAGAAGCUUUCCUAGAACAAAAGCAACAGUUUUUGGAAACGGGACCUCAAAUUAACGACUAUAACUGGCUUAUAGAAGAUUAUGACAAGAGACUAGAAAAGUUCACUCAGUUGGCCCCAGAGGAAAGAAAAGGCAAGCACUUUUUUGAUCCCUUGAACAAGGUUGAUACAGAAAAAAUUAUACGAUGUUUGAACCUUCUGUACUAUGAGAAGAGAUACGAUGAGUGUCUCCAAAGAUGUCAUUUCCUAAUAGGUAUCGAAGAUGCCGAUAUUGAGAAGAACAAGAAAUUUCAGCUUUUCAAAAGCGAUGUCGCUUCUAUCAAAUCGGCCUGUGAAUUGAAAUCGUCUUGA